AGAGGAUUUUAGCAGAAUUAAAUGAGUUUGAUUUAAGUCAUUAGUUCUGAGGUAAUUUAAUGUUGUAAAAAUUCAGGCUAAUGCAGAUUGCAGAAAAAAGCAUCAACUGAUAAGGAGGACCUUCCAUCUAAAAUUAGGCUAAAAAUAAAACAUACUCUUCCCGUCCCCAAAUUUCAAACUCUCUAGAAACCCACUAACACAAAACAAACCCCUUCACCUCAACUGCCUUAACCAAAUCAACAUCUACCAUUUUGAGCCUUUGUUUUAUACCAUCUCUUGUUCUCUCCAUUAUUUCGACUUUUCCUCUUCAAUUGUUCUCGAACCCAGUUCUCGAUGUGGCGGCCGUGGGCUAAAUCGCCCGUCAAAAUCCACGAUACGUCAUCACAAUUCUCAUGCUCCUCCUUCAAAGACAUCCAAAGCCUCUGCACAGAAGAUUCCCUUUCAACCACUUCCACAAACACCCCAACCAGAAAAGCUUCCAUUUUUCACCGUGUUCGCUUAGCUAACUCUGUCAUCCGCGCCUUGGGCCCUCGCCCACCACCCCAACUCGACACCUCAUCCUUCCACGAUAACAAAAAUUUACCUCAACCUCAACCUCAAGAUUUACAACCGCCACCGCCGCCGCCGCCAAUCUCAAUCCCCGGAGCAGAGAAGCGCAUUGUUGUUUACUUCACAAGCCUGCGUGUCGUUCGUUCCACGUUCGAAGAUUGUAAAGCCGUCAGAUCCAUUCUCAGAGGGUUUCGUGUACAAGUUGACGAACGAGAUCUGUCCAUGGACUCGAAUUUCAUAAAGGAGUUACAGGUGAUUCUGGGCGUUAGUCAAGGUAAGUUGACUCUGCCGAGGGUGUUUAUCGGCGGUAGGUACAUUGGUGGGGCGGAGGAAAUUCGGCAACUUCACGAGACGGGUGAACUCAAGAAGUUUGUUGAAGGGUUUCCCACAGCUGAUAUUGGAGCGUGCGACGUGUGUGGCGGUUACAGCUUCCUUCUGUGCGACGAAUGUGACGGUAGUCACAAGAUGUACGCGGAGAAAGCUGGCGGGUUCAAGUCUUGCGCCGUAUGUAAUGAGAACGGCCUCAUCAGGUGCCCCUCUUGUUCUUUUGCGUCAUUUUCAACCGUCUGAUUUUUAGAUUUGAGAUGAUAAAAACAAAAAAUAUGUUUUUUCUUCUAUUUUUUGGAAUUAUUAGUUCUCUAGUUUUUUAUUUUUUGUAAUUGGGUGAAAUUGGAGGCCCACAGAUGGUGAGACAUAACAGGGGACCGUUGGAUUAGUGUUUAAGAUUUGUAUCAGCCUCCACUGAGUCUUGUUAGUAUUAGUGUCCUUUUUAAUCUUGUACUGACAUGGAAGGUGGACUAUCUAUACAUAUAAGAUCAGAAUAAUCUUUAUGUUAUUGUUAUAAUCUUUUUCAUGAUGUAAAUGUAAUUAAGUCAUUAAGUGUUUUAGAGUAAUGGCUUUAUGAACCUUAAUGUAUAUUAUGAAAAGUAUUAGCUUUUUGUGUUCAUCUUUGAAGUUGGAAUAAAGAGAUGAUGUAAGUUGUUCCUGCAAA